CCUUUUUUUUCUUUGUAAACCCUAAUAGACACUUCAUCGCCGCUUUCAUUCUUCUGAAUCCAUCUCUGUGUUUUCUUCACUCCAUUGAAGCCGCUUAUUCGAUUCUUUGAAUUGUGUAGGAGAAACACCGGUUUCUUUCAUCGAUUCAUUUGCAGAAUUUAGGUUCACCAUUAUUCGAUUACUUAGAUGAUGUUCUUCCUUCAGCGAUUCGUCAAUGUUCAUCAAAGUUCUUCAAUUGGUAACACAGCUAUGCCAGUAAAUCCUAAAACGCAAUUCUCCAAUCGUUUUUCACGGAUUCAUCAUUCGGGUACCAAAGGAAAUCCCGUAAAAGUUACGGCUACAACAGGCAAAAAAAAUUGGAUCCGUGCAGUGUCAAAGGGGUGUGGGUCACCAGCAGUUGCUCUUUUGAAGGUCAUGCCACCUGUUGUGUUAAAUACAUGUACGUUUCCUGAUCUUAUAUGGCAAUUUGUAUUUUUAAUCGACAUUCAUAAAUACACAAUAUUCGUUUUUCAUGGCGAUUGGUUUUCGAGAGUAAAUACAGAUCUCAAUAAGAGUGUUUGCUAUUGCUUGAUGACUAGCUUUUCAGUGUGUGGAUGUGCAAACAUGUUUAAUUGUGAAUUAGUUAUAUUUAUACUUUUUUCGCUUUCAGAUGCAUAUAUAUACGUAUUGGCAUAUACAUUUUGUGAUUUUUUUUUGCUAUGUGGUAGGUUUCCACCGGUUGUAAGGAGAGUGGUCCCUCUAAAUGGGAGAUUUGAGCACAUAGUUUCAGCCAUGACAAUUAAUAAGGGAAUAAUUCUCGGAUUUGUGCCUUCCGCUGAUUCUCAAGUAAAGGCAGCAAAGUUGAGAGAUUUUAAUAUGUCACAGGCUGGAAGUUACAUUGCUUCUUAUUGUUUAUAUUGCUUAUGGGUACUCUCAAGGAGGACUGUUGAAGAUUUCGAUGACUGGAUAAACUGGCUUCUGUAUAAAGGCGGAGUUGGGAUGUAUGGUCUCUCCUGGGUGGUGUUGGCUGGAUUUAUCAUAAUAUUCAAGUAUUCAUGUGGUCACAAAACUCAUAAACUCGACGUUAAGGAGCAUCUUUGUGUUUUAACCACUUCACACAACACCACGUUUGAUGACGUUUUUCAUGAUAGUUUAACCAUGGACGAUAGUUUAACCAUGGACUGGUCAAAACGACCCGAAAGAAUCAUCUUCCCAAACUAA